AUGAGUUCUGAGGAUGUCCAGAAUAAAAUAAAAUUAAUUGAAGAAGCUAUAGCUGAAGACCAGAAUAAUAAGGUCAAGGAGCAAAGUUCCAAACAAAUGUCUAUGGAAAACUUGAAGAACUUCUUCCAGAGGAAAUAUCCCAAUGAAACAGAAGAUGAAAUCAUGGUUAGGAUUUUGGAUCAUAUGAAGAACCAAUUCUUCUCUACUUUUCCAACAAAAGCAUCAAAAGAUGAAGAUUCAUCUAUGAAGACAAGCUCUUCCAUGGGAUCAAUGGAUUCCCAUAAUUUUGAUGGUUUAGCAGGAGUAGGUCAAGCAGAUGAACCUACUGCAGAAGAUUUCUGGGAUGCAAUGAUUUCAUCCAGGAAAGAUAUGAAAAAAGAAAAGAAUUAA